AUGAAUUAUUAUAUUUGUCUUUCCCUCAUUCCAGAUCUUAGUUUGAUGAUGCUAGAUCGAGGGGCAAUUUCUCAUCAUAUUAUGAAUAAGUAAGUGAAUAAACAUAAAUUUCAAAUCAAUUUAAAUCUAAUAAAUGUAAUCUUAGAUGAGAAAAGUGAAAAACAUAAAGAAAAAAUUGAUGAAUUUUAGAAUAUUUUAACCUUCAUAAUCAAAGAAAAAUAAAAAUAUCAACUCAAAUUACCAGAUCAUUCUUAAUAAUAAAAUAAAAUAUCCAAGAUAAAUAAUAAUUAAAAAUAUGAAAAAUCUAAACAAAAAUAAAAUUCAAAUAUUUAAUAAAGAGAUCAACAAUUAGAAGAAAAAGAUAAAUAAAUCUCAGAAUUAAUUAAUAAUUCAAACAAAUUAGUAUAACAAAUUAAAGAAACAUAAAAAAUUUAUCACAUUAAUUUUAACUUGAUAUUGAUAAAUUAAAAGGUAUUCUAAACCUUAAUUAGAUUAAAUUGUAUAAUUGGAAAAAACAUUAAAAAAAAAAACUAAUAAAGAAUGGUACAUACUAACUCUGAAAAAGAGAUAAUUAUUCUUUCAUAUUAAAGAAUCAGACCAAAAAGAUAUGGAAGUUUGAUGAAAUAAAAUGAAAAAUAUUUGAUAUAAAUAGAUGUUAAAUAAAAAUCAAAUACCAUAAUUGAUUUAUAAAAUAAAUUAUUCGAAGCAAAAAAAUUGUCCUCUCCAAAAAUGAAGAAUUAAUAAGUUUUAUCCCUAAAUUAAGAAAAAAUGCUAGAACGAUAAAAAAAAGAAGAUGUUGCUCUCUAGUUUUAUAAGAUGUAGCAACUAUAAGUUUUAUAUUUAAACUAAAUGCUCGAGAUCUCUGAAUUGAAGAAAAUCAUAUCAGAAUUUUUAAGAAAAAGAAAUAUUAGAAAUGCACUUGCUGAAAAAGAGAAAUUUAAUAAUUAAGUAAAUAGAAUCCUCAAUGAAAAAUAGUCUAUUGAAGUUAAAUUAGAAGAUGAUACUUAAACCAGAUAUAGGAAGUCGAAUUAGAUAAAUAAGAGAUUGCUUCACCAAAUUAAGGAAAAUAAAUCAUUUAACAAAAUUAGAUAAUGUUUUAGAUAUUAAAUAAUAGCUAUAAGAUGA